UGGGGACUUUUUUGUUGCUGUCAACUUGUCAAUGAUUUGGCUGUUCUGUGGGUGGCAGGCUGCUCGCCACGAGUACCUGCAACUAAGAGAGGAGCAGGCGUUCAAGCUUUGUCUGAAGCAUUUGCGGCAGUGUAAUUAUGAUGCCUUUGCCGCAUUGCAGAAGCACAAGGGGGGGCUGCAACUUGAGGAUGAGUUGCUUGCUCAACUCCAUAAUCUGUUGGUUCUGCAGGGCGAUGACAAAGCGACAGAGAGGGUGCUUAGACGAGCGGGAGAGGAUGGUUUGUUUGAGGAGUACGUGUUAAACAGUAGUUAUAAACCAGUCUGGUCCAGAGUUGUUCCGGAACAGACCGAUUGCCAGAGACCUGGAAUGCGAGGCGGACAUCAGAUGUGCAUUGAUCCAGAAGAAGGGAAAAUCUACUUGAUUGGUGGGUGGGAUGGCGAAAAGGACCUCUCUGAUUUUUGGGUUUUUGAGAUUGCAACCAGUUCGUGGAGGCUACUUUCUGAGGACACAGCGCAAGAUGGUGGACCCGGCCCGAGAUCCUGCCAUAAGGUGAGGUGAGGAUCAAGUCGAUUGUUUUUGCAACCAAAGCCAAAUACCAAAUGG